AUGCCGGCCCCUGGGCUGCCGGGUGGGGCCGGCGGGCGUGGGCGCGUUGUUGGGCGCGCUUGCGGGCUCGCAGGCGGACGGCCGCAAGCGCGCGGAGGAGCUCGAGGAGGCGGGGCUCAGGCGGGGCGGCGUUGCCCAAGCGGUUGGCGUUGCAGUGCGCGUGGAUGCCCAAGGGAUGGCUGCCCGCCAUCGGACGCUCGUGGCGCGCGGGCUGUUGGGCCAGGCGCGGCCCGAAGGGGGCCGCUGGACAGCGGCGCUGCAAGCGCGAUCGCGCCGCCGCCGCCUGUGUCCAAGGCCCAGGUGUCCGAGGUGCCCGCGUUCGUCGGUGGCGAGCUCUGCGUCUCGGGGCCUGUCGACGCGGGCGCUGCGAAGGUGCCGCUUUUACAUUCGGCUUCGGACGACGGCGCGAUGGCGGUCGACGAGGAGUUUCAGGAUGAGGAGCCGGGGGGCCUCGAGUGCGUGCCCAGGCAGGUCCGCCUCGGAGACGCAGUCGUCUAUGACGUGGGUUGCCUCAAGGCCAGCAGAUCCCACUGCUACGCCGACGAUGUCUGGGGCCUCUCUCGCCUUGCGGGGGCCGAGGACGUGGGGGGCAGUCUGGUGGCCGAGGCGUUCGGCCUGGCCCCCAUCGUCGCGCGGCCAUCCAUGCGGGCGUUGUUCUCUGAGCGCGUUGAGGCUGCUGGGCCCAUGGGGCAGGGCGUGAGGAUUCGAAGGCGGUGGGAAUGUCAGGCGAUGUUGGACUCCUUCAGCGGCUGUUAG